UUUUGACAACAUAUGCCAAGAAAUUCGUAGUAAAAAAAAAUGCAGAUACGUUUUUACAAAUAUUGACAAAAUUUAUGUUCUCUUCUUUUUCGAUCCUCCAAAUUCAUUGUUAAAAUUCGUUGUGAUAUUAACGGACUUAUAUCCAUCACGAGUACAUUCGUUUUAGGCACUGUAAACUACACAUAGCGAACGAAAUUCUUUCUUAAACGCAAGGAGGAAAUAAUUUAGUUAUUUAGUCAUUUGUAAAUUAAUUUUGUGAAUCUAUGAACGAGUUCAGAAAGUGAAUUUUGAGACUUGACUUAAUUUAUUACGGACAAUGGAAGAUGAUGUGUCAUCAAAUAGUUCUUUCGAGUCAGUGGAAAUUAAUUCCUCUGACGUUGAUUUUAGUGGCGUAGAAAGUGAAUCAGAUGACGACGAUCGAAUUAUGUACGAUUCCGAAAGCGAAAAUGAACUUCACGAUCCACCGGUCAGUGCGCAGCCCAGCGAAACAAAUGCAAUAUGUGACGUUUGGACGGAACUAGAGCAAUGUCCUCCAUAUUUCAAAUUUCGUGGCGAACCCAGAGGAUUGAAACUUCCGGCAAAAUUAAGAACUCCAGGGGAGCUAAUCGAUUUAUUCCUUUCCAAGGACUUUAUUAAUAUGAUGGUUCAAAAAACUAAUAACUAUGCUACAAAAGUAAUUAAAAAGAAAGGAAUGUUAGGAAGUUCGUCAAGAUUUUUGGACUGGAAAGAGACCAACUAUGAGGAAAUGCGAAAAUUUUGGGCACUACUUCUCCACAUGGGCAUCAUAAAUCUGCCUAGUGUGCAACAUUAUUGGAAUACAAGUCAUUUAUAUAGGUUACCAUUCUGGAAAAGUAAUAUGACUAGGAAUCGAUUUCAAAUAUUGUUACGAUUUCUACACUUUUCGGAUAAAGUAGGACGCACGAAUACUAAAAUGCAUAAAAUCGAAUCACUAAUCAAACAUUUUAAUAGCACGAUGGAGAGUUUAUACAAUCCCGCAAAAGACUUAAUCAUAGAUGACCCAAUGAUAAUGUGGCGUGGUCGUUUAACCCUUCGACAAGAUAUUAAAAAGAACAAGAAACCCAAAUUCGGUGUCAAGCUGUAUGAACUUUGCGAGUCAAAUGGCGCGAUAAUACGAAUUCUCGUCGAUUGUGGAAAAUCCGAUCCUUUAGUUAGUGGACGAAAUUAUACGACUUCAGUCGUGCUUUCUCUUAUGGAUGGUUUUCUAGAUAAGGGCUAUGUAGUAUAUAUGGAUAGUUUUUAUACCUCCGUAGCGCUAACAUCAACAUUGUCGUUGCGAAAGACACAUAUGUGUGGAACAUUACGAUCUAGUCGCCAAGGAAAUCCCAAGGAGUUGAUAAAGCAAAAACUUAAGAAGGGUGAGCAUAACUGGAAACGAUCAGGAACCGUUGUCGUUUGCAAAUGGAGGGAUAGGAGACAUAUUUUGACAAUAUCGAAUAUGCAUAAAAUUGAAAUGGUUGAAGUCGUUAACCAAUCCGAAAAAUUAAAAAUUAAAUUAACUACUCUACCAAACGUGUUACGGGAUUAUAUUACGGGCAUGGCAGGCGUAGAUCAUUCAGAUCAUAUGAUGUCAUAUCAUAGUUCGUUGAGGAAGACGCUUCGUUGGCAUAAGAAUAUAGCCAUACAUAUAGUCGAAGCAAUGGUACAUAAUGCGUACAUAUUUUAUAGCCAGCAACCUGGCGUCAGACCAAAAAGACCCCUUCAGUUUAGGGAAGAAGUUAUACUGUAUUUAUUGGAUGCAAAACAAAAUGCGGUACCUGUUCAAUCACCCCCUUUAAAUGUAGCUGAGAAAAAAAGUUCCCUUCAUUACCUCGAUCCUCUUCCUCCUACCAGGAAAAAGAAGGGACCGACACGUCAAUGUAAAGUUUGUGCACAGAAAAAUGUCCGGAAGGAAACUAGAUACUAUUGCCCAACUUGCCGUAAUGAACCGUCGCUCUGUAUUGGACUUUGUUAUAAGACCUAUCACGAAAAACUACUUAAUUAAAUCAAGUUAAUUUGAAAUUUUAUAUUCUUUUUCGUUUUUAUCAUUAUUAUUAUUAAUAAUUUAGUCAAAGAAAUAAAUUCUCGGACUAAAGUCAGGCCGAUCU